GCGCAGGUUUCAAAGUCUGCAGCCCAGUCGGCAACGCUGAUCUUUUGAAAGCGAAGACACAAUAAACAUUUAUGGGGAUAAAGCUACUUAUUUCAAAUAAAUGGAAACACAAAGUGCCGCCCCCACGCGGUUUUCUCACAUUUUAGUCUCUGGGCCACCCGGUAUCGGAAAGACCACAGUAUGCAAGAAGCUCAUUUCGCUGAUCGAAGCUAAAGGCUUGACUUGCGAUGGAUUCUUUACUGAAGAAGUACGUUCCACUAACAAUAAGAGGAUUGGCUUUGACGUCAUUCCCCUUAAACAUCCCGAACAGCGUCUGCCACUUGCACGAGCAACAUACUAUAGCGGAUCAAAUCAUCUCGCCCCAACAAGAUAUCAUGUUGGAAAGUACGCAGUCUUUGUAGAAAAUUUCGAGAAAUCUGCUCUUCCAGUAUUUCAAACCGAAUCGGAUGUACUGUUGCUGGAUGAAGUCGGUAAGAUGGAAUUACUCAGCAAAUCAUUCACACAAGAGGUCGAUCGAGCAAUGUUAGGAUCAGGAAAAGUGUCAAAGACAGCUAGAUGCGCACUUGCUACUAUACCCGUAGUCACCCCAGCGCACCUAUUAUUGAUAAAAAAGUUGCGAUCAAAUUCUCGUUGCAAAAUUUUCGAAGUCAACGUUGAAAACAGAGAUGAAAUGCCAGAGGAAGUAUGCAAAACAAUUCUACAAAUAAUUAAAUACAAAUAAACAUUCAAAAGUUAGGCUCCGAUCGUUUGGAACCUUAGAAUAGAUUAUUACCUGAAAUACCAAAGGGUGCAGGUGUAUAGCAUACAUAAGAUGCAUUAUAAAGGUCAUUUAUUAAUUAGUAACAAAAAACAAAAUAAACUGGUUGAUUUAUACGAUUAUUCCUAACAACGCACAUAUUGAUCUGUAGAAAAGUAAUCACGUGUAAUUUUUAACGUAACGAUAAGAUGAUUGGUAGGAAAAUUGUACUACCUUGCAUGUGUGUUAAAUUUUCCGGAUUGCUAUUUUCAUAAUAACUGGACAUAAGUGUGAUUUUACGCUGAAAAAGCUCAAACCGCCAACAUGAAGUUGAAAUUACUUUAUUACUGGAUGUCACCAGUCUCCGUAAGUCUGUAAACUGGUAGCGUUUUCACAUACGAAUGCCUCAUAGCUUCCGUUUUCGUAUGUUGUACGAAAAAAACUGCAUAAUAUUCACUCUUGACUCAACAAUGUACAAUAAUCUAGCCAUCGAAUAAUUACAACUUUUGAGAAUGAAAAAUUCAUGCCUAAAAAUCUGAUGUUUGGCGAUUGAGUUUUUCUUUUGAGCAUGAGCAAAACGCGCUUGUGCGAGGGACAUAGCUCAUUCGAAAACACGAAAAAAUUGAAACGAAUAUUUAUUUCCAUAGUGUUAUUCCGUUGAUAAAAAAAUAAAUAAAUAAAACUGUUUUAAUCGGACUCGUAA